AUGCCGAACCAGCAGAAGAAAAUCAUCUUUUGUAUGGCCGGUGUGCUGAGCUUUCUCUGUGCUCUCGGAGUCGUGACAGCAGUGGGGACCCCACUGUGGAUUAAAGCCACUAUCCUCUGCAAAACGGGGGCUCUGCUUGUCAAUGCCUCAGGGGAGGAGCUGACCAAGUUCAUGGGCGAGAUGCAAUAUGGGCUUUUCCACGGAGAAGGCAUAAGGCAAUGUGGGUUAGGAGCAAGGCCUUUCCGGUUCUCAUGUGACUCCAUGAAGGAGAGUUACUCUGUGUGGGAAGAGGAAGGUAAGACUGGAGUCUUCCCAGAUUUGCUCCAAGCCAUCCCCGUGAGCAUCCACGUCAAUAUCAUUCUAUUCUCCAUGAUUCUGGUCAUCUUAACCAUGGUGGGGACAGCCUUCUUCAUGUACAAUGCUUUUGGCAAGCCCUUUGAAACGCUGCAUGGCCCACUAGGGCUAUAUCUCGUGAGUUUUAUUUCAGGCUCCUGUGGCUGUCUUGUCAUGAUAUUGUUUGCCUCUGAAGUGAAAAUCCACCGCCUGUCGGAAAACAUCGCAAACUUUAAAGAAGGGACCUAUGCCUACAAGACGCAAAAUGAAAACUAUACCACCUCGUUCUGGGUGGUCUUCGUUUGCUUCUUUGUUCACUUUUUGAAUGGGCUCCUGAUACGGCUUGCUGGAUUUCAGUUCCCGUUUGCAAAAUCUAAAGACACGGAGACUACCAAUGUGGCUGCAGACUUAAUGUACUGA